AUGCCUAGAGACAAGCAAAAGCGUGGACGCAGAGCCGAAGCCAAACGAAAGCGAGACGAUGUAAUCACGGACCCUACGGUGCUGAAACGACAGAAAUCCUCGGAUGUCUGCAAUUACCCCAAUCCUUCGUAUGAGCAACUGGAGAUAAGGGGCGACUACAUCCCACUCGAUGAGGAGCCAGUGGACUACACGGGAACCCCCUUUUAUGGGCUCCUGGAUAUCGAGGAGCAGGAAUAUUUUAGUCAUGCAAGCGGUCUCCUGGAACUUAACCAGUUCGAGACCGAGGAAGAGAAAUCUAUUUUUAUAGAACGAGUAUACGAAGAAGCCAACGGGAAGGAGUUGAAGAUUGCCUGCAGCCAGUCAUGCUCAAGACUGAUGGAGAAACUGAUUUCAGCUUCUACCGUUAGUCAGAUUAAACGCCUCUUCAGCAAGUUUAUUGGUCACUUCCUCAACCUCGUCCAACAUCGAUUCGCGAGCCACUGUUGCGAGUGCUUGUUUAUUCAUGCUGCGCAGCAUGUAACAUCGGAAAUGAAGAAAAAGUCAUCCAAGGAGAAGGAAAAUUUGGAGGAGGAUUCAACAAGUGAAUUACAGCUAGAGGAUCUAUUCUUGAAAGCAAUUUCUGAGCUUGAGGGUAACUGGGGUUACUUGCUAACUGAGCGAUUCGCGUCUCAUACAAUAAGGCUGCUUCUUUUAGUACUGGCUGGCAAGCCUCUGCGCAAUUCGUCGACUACUACGGUUAUCGCAAGUCGCAAAAAGGAGUAUCUGGCGUCAAAAGUUGGCACGCAACUGGAUCCUUCGAUUUCAGAGAAACGGGCUGUUCCAACUUCGUUCAACAAAGCCUUGGAGAAAAUGAUGAAAGAUUUGGUUGCUGGUCUCGAUAACACUUAUCUGAGAGCCCUUGCAACUCAUCCCGUUGGAAAUCCCGUUUUGCAACUCUUAUUAUCAGUCGAGCUCAGUCAUAUGGGGAAAUCAAAAGCUAAGGAUCCCGAUUCCUUAUUACGAAGACUUGUCCCGGAUGAGAACUUGCAGGGAGACGGUGAGAGCGCAAAUUUCCUAAAGGGCCUCUUUUAUGACCCCGUUGGCUCGCGACUAUUGGAAACGAUAGUCCAAGAUGCCCCAGGAAAGUUUUUUAGGCUAUUCUACAAAAUUCUAGUUCGGGAGCGAAUUGGAUCAUUCUCAAGGAACGAGAUUGCUGGACAUGUCGUUGUGCGAAUUUUGGAAAGAUUAAGCAAAGACGAUCUAAAGAGUGCCAUGGACAUGAUUCUCCCUGAAGUUGCGCCCUUAGUCGAGCGCUCACGGCUUACUGUCAUAAAAGCUUUGAUUGAGCGAGGCAUUGUCCGGGGUGUAGAUCUAGGUCCUCUCGCGGCUGCCCUUUUGUCGGCUUAUGGGGAUGAUGCGGUUUCAAGGAUUAACAACAUGUUGAAACUGCAGCGGUCUAACCAGGAAAGUGACGGUACUACAUCAUCUUCCAAUACUUCCUCUCCAGAGCAAUUACAUGGAUCUCUCCUUGCGCAGGCAAUGCUAAAGUCCACCGGUCCUCUCAGCGAACUAGUACAGUCAAGUCUUCUCGCCGUUACUACAGAAACUUUAAUUUCUAUCGCUCAGGAUCCAGUUGUUUCCCACGUCCUUCAAGAUGCACUGACACUUCCAACUUCAACUCCUCAAUUCCGUCGUCAAAUAACUUCCAGGUUUUCAGGAAAGAUUGCUGAACUGGCAUUACACUCUAGCGGAUCUCAUGUUGUUGAUGCCCUUUGGCCGGCAACGAAGGAUUUACUCUUUGUUAAGCAACGAUUUGCUGAAGAGCUGGUUGUGCACGAACGCGCUCUUCGAGAUUCAUUUGUUGGGCGAGCUGUAUGGAGGAAUUGGUCUAUGGAUUUAUAUAAGAGGAAAAGAGGAAGCUGGAUUGCAAUAGCUAAGGGAUUGGAAGACAGUACCGAUAUAAAUCCGAACGCUUUGACACAUAAACCGAAGUCAAACAUAGACCUAGCAAGGGCUAGAUUUGCAGCGAAGGCAAACGGUUCAAAAGCACCAAGCUAA